GUACUGCGCAUGUGCACCAGCAUCCCGGAAGUCCCGAAGCCCGUCCACGCCUGCGGCUGACAGGAAAGUUGUAAACGCUUUGUGUGCCUUUAGUUUUUUGGUUUUUCAGCCGGGAGAGACAAAACAUAUCCAGCGUGCCUCCAGUGCAGAGGGCCGGGGUGAAGCUGCCUCCUCUCCCGCCCCGCGGAGCACAUGUCCGGCUUCGACCUGGUCCGAGUGGACGCCGGCGGCGGGGGUCCCAUCCGCCUGCCGCCGGGGGAGACGGUGCUGGGCCGGGGGCCCCUACUGGGGGUCAGCGACAAGAGGGUGUCCAGACUUCACGGGCUGCUGGAGAACCUGGACGGAGAGCUGCGCCUCAAACCGACCCACCUGAACCCGUGCUUCGUUCAGGCGUCCCCGACCGACGACCCCCGACCUCUGCAGAGAAACUCGUGGCACCAGCUGCGUCACGGAGACCUCUUCUCCCUGCUGCCGGGGCGGCUCAUCUUCCAGGUGGAGGCCGUGGGCGGAGAAGGCCGCACUCCCAGGAACGGUCGUCUGUUUGUUGAAGGAGGGCUUCCCCUUGACCCCGAGCCGGAUGUGGAGUCGCCUCCGUCACCGGCCCAGGAGAAGGAGGAGGAGGAGGAGGAGGCCGCCGGCAGGAGCUCAGACGAGAGAGACUCUGAACGUCCAAACAAAGUUCAGCGCCGCGGCGGUGGCGGGGACGCGCCCCCCUCCGUCUCCAGAAGGAGAGUUCUACCCGCGUGGAUGACGGCGGCGGUGGCAGCGCCAAGCAGCUCCUCCAGCCCAAAAGCAACUGUGAAGAGAAGCAGAGGACCUCCAACCAGCACCCAACCAGCAGCAGCCAAGAAAGCCCCGCCCACCACGGCCUCCUCACCUGGGGAGGCGGAGCUCAGCGAGGAGGAGAUGCCGAGGAAGAGGAGAAGGAAUAUGAGCGACGAGGAAGAGGAAUCGGCUCGGUCUAAAACAGUUGAGAAGAACCCGGCCCACUUCCAGGAGUGCAGUCACCCCGGUGACCCGGACUACGAGGAGGAGGAGGAGGAGGAGGAGGCGGAGGAGGCCGAUCGGCCCGAGUGCCCCUACGGCACCGACUGCUACAGGAAGAAUCCUCUUCACAGGAAAGAAUACAAGCACACAAAGAGACCAGCUCGCGCCGCGCGCACCGCCCCCGGGAAGCCCCCCGCCGAGGAGGACGAGGACGAGUACGAGGACAGCUUCAUCGACGACAGCAGCGGGGACGCGGGCGACGACUCUGACUACGCCCCCCCCGCCUCGGACGACAGCGGCCGGGAGGACGUGGCGGCACUGCGGGAGGAGGCGAAGGCCUUCACGAGGAGGAGGAAGUAGACUCAGGCCGGUUUUCCUGUUUGCUUUGUCCACCGCGUCCCGUUAGAGAAGGCCGGCGUCUCCAUAACGGGUGGACCUGUCCCCCUUUUUUAUUUUCUAAAAGCCACAGAUCGAAAUCUUCACACAAUAGCAUCAGGAGCAGCGGCGCCGUCGUCAUGGUAACCCACAAACUCCACGGCGACCCGCUGUGAUUCCCGGCUGAUUGGAGAAAAUAGGCCUUUGUAUGAAAAGCACGUCCCGAGAGGCUUUAAAUGCAAAUUGCAAAUGGGAGAAUCUUCCCAGGUCGUCGGCUUGUUUACCGAAGAGAAGCAGCGAGCGCUAAGUGGCGGCGAGCAGCCGCUCCCGGGGACGGCGAGCCACGACGAGGCCGAAACCAACGAGGCACUUAGCUUUUAUUCCAGAUGAUGGAGUUCCUGUUCCUCGUGUAGCUACGUGAAAUGUUUUUAGGUGUAGAUGUCUUGAAAUUGUUACUUUUCUUACUUAUGUUUUAAUACAUUUGAUGAAGACAAAGUCUUUUCUGAGUUUUUAUUCUGUGCCAUUAUAAAAAAAAUGGCUUUCACAAAAUGCAAAACAAAGUUGUUUUAUUUUAUAUUAUCAUAUGAAUCAACGUUAAUUAAUGUUCAUCAUCUCCGCUUCCGUUUGCUUAUUAAUCGACAAUACAAGAAAAAUAUCCGAUAACGUUGAACAUUGUUGGGCGAUAAUACUUAUUAUACUUAAAUUGACGUAUGAGUGUUCUGAUGAGAUGAAACACAUUUGUUGCUGAAUAAAAAUAAUUUUAUUUAAAAGA